AGUGCCCUGCUGUCUGCUGGAUCCUAAUCACAGGUCAAAGUCUGCUUCCGAGUGUGUUGUCACACGCUCACAACACUCCUCUCGCCCUGUCCACAACACCACUGACAUUCUUGCCACCAUGCUGCUGCGGACUCUUCUCCUCCUCCUAUGUGUGUCGGCCGGCGUGUGCGCCACUUUGGGCCACUACCAGUCCACAGCCCAGGACAAGGAGGAACCUCCCGCGGUGGAUCCACGAGACACACUUGCAGAAGACCCCCUACUGGGUGAAGAACACAAAGAGUCUGAGGUGGACCACACAGCAGCUGAGGGUGCUGGUGCUCCAGUUGCAAGCACACAGAGGCCACCUGAAGAUGUGGAGAUUCAUGCUGAAGGCCAGCAGCAACAUUCUGAGGAGGAAGAGAGCAAUGAGAUCAAGCAUGUGAAGACUAAACCGCCGGCGAACGUUUCCUCUCCGCGUGACGACAACAGCAGCUGGAGCAUCAACUCCAUCAGGAGCAGUUUCCAAACCGUGCACGGCUACUUCGACUCCCUGGUGGAGCUGGUGGGGGGACACAAUGGCGUGUGUCAGUACCGCUGCAGAUAUGGAGAACAUCCUCAGCCCCGUCCCGACUACAAGCACCAAGAACCCAAUGGCUGCAGCUCCUCUAUGGUGGGAUUCCAGCUUGACCUGGGCAUCCCCGCCAUGACCGAGUGCUGUAACCAUCUCGACGUGUGCUACGACAACUGUGGCGUGAACAAGUACGAAUGUGACACCAAGUUUCGCUCUUGUCUUCACAACAUCUGCUCUGACCUGAAGAGAAGUCUUGGCUUUGUGUCCAAAGUGGAAGCCUGCGAGUCAAUGGCGGACGCUUUGUACAACACGGUGUGGACUCUUGGAUGCCGGCCUUACAUGAACAGCCAGAGGGCAGCUUGUGUGUGCGAGGGGGAGGAGAGGGACGAACUGUGACACCGUGGAUACAAACUGUAGCUAUCAAAACUGUCAGGUUUUAUUAUUUUGGAAUUACAACAAGUGGGAUUGGACGAUUUGAUAAUGAACUACAUGUACACUUUCUGCAGUGCAUCCAUCUUUAAGGCCAAUUGCUUGGCCUUAUGACUCCAUCAAAAUCCAUUUCUUUAAUAACUCCAGCGUGUUCUGUGUGAAUAAUUUUGAAUGUACCAGACAACAGUGUAAUAUAUUUGUUAUUUAUGUGACCACAGACGACGAUGAUGUUAUAAAUGACCUCAUGUCUUCAUGUCUACUUAACAUAAAUGUCUCUUACUACAAACCCCGUUUCCAUAUGAGUUGGGAAAUUGUGUUAGAUGUAAAUAUAAACGGAAUACAAUGAUUAGAAAAUCAUUUUCAACCCAUAUUCAGUUGAAUAUGCUACAAAGACAACAUAUUUGAUGUUCAAACUGAUAAACAUUUUUUUUUUUUGCAAAUAAUCAUUAACUUUAGAAUUUGAUGCCAGCAACACGUGACAAAGAAGUUGGGAAAGGUGGCAAUAAAUACUGAUAAAGUUGAGGAAUGCUCAUCAAACACUUAUUUGGAACAUCCCACAGGCGAACAGGCAAAUUGGGAACAGGUGGGUGCCAUGAUUGGGUAUAAAAGUAGAUUCCAUGAAAUGCUCAGUCAUUCACAAACAAGGAUGGAGCGAGGGUCACCACUUUGUCAACAAAUGAGUGACAAAAUUGUUGAACAGUCUAAGAAAAACCUUUCUCAACCAGCUAUUGCAAGGAAUUUAGGGAUUUCACCAUCUGCGGUCCGUAAUAUCAUCAAAAUGUUCAGAGAAUCUGGAGAAAUCACUUCACGUAAGCAGCUAAACCCGUGACCUUCGAUCCCUCAGGCUGUACUGCAUCAACAAGCGACAUCAGUGUGUAAAGGAUAUCACCACAUGGGCUCAGGAACACUUCAGAAACCCACUGUCAGUAACUACAGUUGGUCGCUACAUCUGUAAGUGCAAGUUAAAACUCUCCUAUGCAAGGCGAAAACCGUUUAUCAACAACACCCAGAAACGCCGUCGGCUUCGCUGGGCCUGAGCUCAUCUAAGAUGGACUGAUACAAAGUGGAAAAGUGUUCUGUGGUCUGACGAGUCCACAUUUCAAAUUGUUUUUGGAAACUGUGGACGUCGUGUCCUCCGGACCAAAGAGGAAAAGAACCAUCCGGAUUGUUAUAGGCGCAAAGUUGAAAAGCCAUCAUCUGUGAUGGUAUGGGGGUGUAUUAGUGCCCAAGACAUGGGUAACUUACACAUCUGUGAAGGCGCCAUUAAUGCUGAAAGGUACAUACCGGUUUUAAAGCAACAUAUGUUGCCAUCCAAGCAACGUUACCAUGGACGCCCCUGCUUAUUUCAGCAAGACAAUGCCAAGCCACGUGUUACAUCAACGUGGCUUCAUAGUAAAAGAGUGUGGGUACUAGACUGGCCUGCCUGUAGUCCAGACCUGUCUCCCAUUGAAAAUGUGUGGCGCAUUAUGAAGCCUAAAAUACUACAACGGAGACCCCCGGACUGUUGAACAACUUAAGCUG